GAGAUUGACAAGUGCCUGUCUGAGAAGCCAAAGGCGCUUAGUGAUAUCACAAUUGCAAAUUAUUAUUAAUAUUUCAGUUUAUUUUUUAAUAUACAAUAAAAAAAUCAUGGAUCAAAAGAAACGGGUGCUUGUGAUUUGUCUAGGAAAUAUUUGUCGUUCUCCUAUAGCAGAAGCAGUUUUCAGUGAUCAAAUAAACAAGUUAGGCAUAAAUGACAAAUGGGAAGUAGAAAGUGCAGCUCUCAUAGGAUAUCAUACAGGUAAAAACCCAGAUCAUAGAGCUAUGUCUACAUUAAGAGAAAAAGGUAUUACUAACUAUUCUCACAAAGCACGACCAAUCACUACAGAUGAUUUUACCAAAUUUGAUUGGAUAUUUGGGAUGGAUAAUAGUAACAUUAAAGAAUUAAAUAAUAUGAAACCUAAAAAUUGUACUGCAAAAAUUGAACUUCUUGGAAAAUAUGACCCACAAGCAGAAACCAUAAUAAGGGACCCUUACUAUGAUAGCGACAGUGCAGGAUUUCAUAAGGCAUAUGAACAAUGUCUACGGAGUGUAAAAGCCUUUCUAGAACAGCAUAAAGAUCAUCAGUUAUGA